CUUCUUUUAUUUUUUUAGAUUGUACCCGUUCGUACCCCGACAUCACCAUCAAUAUGAGGCUGUGCCGCUUUGAGCAAGAUGGAAACGUUCGCGUUGGCGUUCAGCGCGGCGAUAAGGGGGAUAUCGUCGACAUUACUGCCGUAGACAACACGAUCCCCAACGACAUGCUGGCCAUCCUGCGCGGUGGUGCCGACAUGAUGACCAAGGUUAAGAGUGCCUCCGAAUCGACGAGCUGCAUCGUGCCCGCCGCCUCGGCCAAGAUCCUGGCUCCGAUCACGGGCUCCGAAAAAGUCCUCUGCAUCGGCAUGAACUACGUCGAUCACUGCACGGAGCAGAACCUGCCGGUUCCGGAAGAACCCCUGAUCUUCUCCAAGUUUGCUUCGGCAAUCAGCAACCCUGGUGAUGAUAUUGUCAAGGCUCCUGAAGUCAAGAACUUGGAUUUCGAAGUCGAGCUUGUCAUUGUCAUUGGCAAGGAUGGCCGUCGUAUCUCAGAAGACAAGGCCAUGGAGCACGUGGCUGGCUACACCGUGGCGCACGACGUGAGCGCGCGUGACUGGCAACUUCAAAAGAACGGCGGCCAGUGGUUGGUUGGCAAGGCUUUUGACGGCUAUGCCCCGAUUGGCCCUGCCAUCGUCACGACCGACGAGCUGGGCAACCCCCACAACCUGGGCAUUCGCUGCCGCCUCAACGGCGAGACCGUGCAAGAUUCCAACACCAACCAGCUCGUCUUCAGGACCGAGACCAUCAUUGCCUGGGCUUCCAAGUUCUUCACCCUUCGUGCAGGAGACAUUAUUCUGACUGGCACCCCCCCAGGCGUUGGCUGCUUCCGCAAGCCCCCACUCUGGCUCAAGGAUGGUGACGUUGUCGAUUGUGAGAUUGACGGCAUUGGCUGCAUCACCAACACGGUGCGCGAUGAGGUCAUUCCCGCUUGAGCGAAAAUCGAUUUGCUCUGAGACCCUUGACCAGGGGUCCUUGGCCGUUGUUUGGUUCUUCUUUUUUUUUUUAAGUGAUUGGGUGGCAAUUGCACUUUGGCCUCCAGCCUUUGAACUGC